UUCAAUUAUGCAUCCAAAAACUUUCUCCAUUGACUAACAUUUUUAUUUUACUUAAAAUGUAUUGGUUUAUGUAAUUCAGAUUUUUCUUUCAUCUGAGUCGGAAAUUUAGUUCUAGCGCUUGUGGCCUCGACAUGGAGAUUUUCAGAUCGAUUUAUGGUACUUGUGACGUUAAUUUACUCGCGUUUUUACUCAGUAUAUUUGUGAAACAACCCGGUGCGCGGAGAUAACGGGAAAAUCAAAUAGAUGGUGAGGUGUUUUUCCUCUGGUUUUGGGGAGCUAGCUUUUGGUGGAGUCGAGGGGCAUGUGAAUUUCUGCGAUUUUACCGGCAUAUUGAGUAGUCAAAAAUCGAUCUGGUAUCCAUGGUGAUUGGUGAAGCGCAAGACGCCCUCUCCCACCCUAGCAUGACCCACCCGACGCCCUUCUCGCUGGCUCUUGCAUUAUGUCUGUCUACUUGGGGUAUUGUGAUUCUGUGAUGAUCAUGACUGUGAACUAGUCAUUUUGCAUCAAUGCUGAGUUAGUCGAGCUGGGCUCGAGGUGGGGAAAUCCUCCUGCCCUGUUUCAAAAUUAAUCUUCCAUUUUUUGGAAUAUAAUGGUGCGAGAAAAAUUCCAUCGCCCGUGGGCAAAGGGUGAUUUUACGCACACUGCGAAAUUCCAAAAUAUUUCGGUUGAUCUUUAAUGAAUUUUAAUGAUGGAUUGCUAUGAAUUGACUUCCCGAAUUCCUACCCCAUUGAAAAAUACAAUGAAGUGCGCAAUUAUUGCAUUGAAUCGGUUGAACAAUGAUUGAAUUUUUGGUAGAAUUUCCAUAGGAAGCCAAUGGAUCUCUUGGAUUGUUUUGUUAGACAAUUUUCUGUUGAAUUUCGAAAUAUUUCCGACGGUGUGGGGGGUAGGUUUUUGGGAUAUUUCAUCUUUAGAGAGAACGCAUUUAAUUUAUAUGAUAUUUAUGCCCCGGUUGAUUAAUAGAUUUUAGUUGAAUUUGAUGCUUUCAAUGAAAUUAAUAUUUAAUGAGACGUUGGAGUCUCUGAGGGAAUCUCUAAUGUCAUUUUCAAGCGUGUCCCUCUGAUAGGUAUCUAAUUAAAAGAAUGUGGGCAUUUUAUCAUCAACGAUAUCCGAUAAAAAGGCAUUCUUCGAGAAAUUUCAUGAAAAUUUAAUGGGUAUCCGGAAUUUUAUAAGAAGCUUAUUGUCACCUCUAUUUAUUUGUCUCUACUUUAGAAUAUCUUCUAUCAUCUAUAUCUAUAAAUAGAAUAUCAUCCAUUUGACUCUACUUCAGAACUUGAAAAAUUUCAAUUUUAAGGAAAUUUACUGCCAAUGCACUUACAUUUUUUUUCCAUGGCAUAUGUUGUGGUAAAAUUACUAGAUCGAUAUUUAAAAAAUUUUAUAGCAAAGUCAGGGAAAAUCAAUUGAAUUCUGGUAGAAUCACAAACAAAUUUUAUCAGGAUUUCUUUCUCACUUCUUUGACUGACGAAUGAAAAUUUGAAAAUCCACUAAUAUUCGAAGUUUUCUCUCAUUGUCGAUCUAAUUCUCCAAAAACUAAUUUUAUCCCAGGGCCUCCCGUCCCGGAUAUCCUCAAUGCAUGACCCACUGAGUCGUCACGCGACUCGCAAGAUUCUGACCCUCAAAAUUAGUCGAUAUUAUUCUUCAACACUAAUCACUUUACACACGAAUCACCUCCACAACUGUACCUCAUCACACUUUAAUUUUCAGUACUUUUGUUUUUCAGCAUGAUAUUCUAUCGCAUUAUAUUUUGAAAUAUUGAACCGCCGGUUUACGCAUGCACAUUCCUAUGCCCAAUCAAGCAUGAUUUAUCAAGCACUAGUCAUUUAUAUCACCUCAAUGGUCAAAAAGCAACCUAAAGGAGUGUGCAUGCUGAGGGUGAAGAAUCACCGAAAGUGCCGCCGGCAAAACUGGAUAACUAGUUCAUUACCUAUGCUUUGCAAACCGAUCUCCAUUCACACCGUGACCUUGAACAAUAUCCAAGGGUUAAAAGGUUGGCCGCGUCGUUGGAUUCACACAAGCAGCACAAGUUACAUUUAGAUCAGCAAUGUCGGACAAAAAUGAUAACAUACUCCUGUCGGAUGUCAAUCGAGCGGAGGUGAGUCGCAACGAAAUGUCCCAGCGAAACAACAACAACAAUCCGAGCCUGACCAACGACAACAACAACAGAUCCAACAACAACGAAAAACCAAAAGCCCGCAAGGAGGGCCUGUACGCGAAGAAGGACAGCCCCAGGAAGGGGCCAACGUCGCCCGAUCGCAAGGACGAUGGCUCCAGCAAGAGUUCAGGAAUCGGUCGUGACUCCACUCUGGCCCUGAGCAUAGACCCCACCAGCAUGGAGUCCCUCCCCCCGGACAAGAACGAGAGUGAGUACGAGUCGUGGCUGACCCUGGCCAGUCCCCCAGUGGAGCGACCCCAGCACAUCCUCAAUGGACGACACGAGAGGGACUCGAUAGACUCGAGUACAAUGGACGUGAUGUUCCAGCAGGAGCUGAACGACACCAGCAGAAAGGAGGAGAAGUCCAAAAUACCGGACGGUGGCUGGGGUUGGAUGGUGGUACUGGCGUCAUUGAUCAUCUCCAUGAUAGCUGACGGUGUGUCCUUCAGCUUUGGUCUUCUGUACAUUGAGUUUCUGAAUGCGUUUGGCGAGUCCAAAGCCAAAACCGCGUGGAUAGGAUCGCUCUUCAUGGCUGUUCCACUGCUGUCAGGGCCAGUUAUGUCCGCUCUUGUUGACAGAUAUGGCUGCAGGAGGAUGACAAUUCUCGGUGGUCUAAUUUCAGGAGUUGGUUUUGUACUCAGCUGGCAGGCCAAUUCCAUUGAGGUAAUGUAUCUGACUUUUGGGCUGCUUGCUGGAUUGGGUUUGGGUCUGUGCUAUGUAACUGCGGUGGUCAGUAUUGCGUACUGGUUUGAUAAGAAACGUACACUGGCUGUUGGGCUUGGUGCCUGUGGUUCGGGCAUUGGUACAUUUGUUUAUGCACCAAUGACGACAUUUUUCAUCGAUGAGUACGGGUGGAGGGGUACUUGUUUGUUGCUAGCUGGUACUUUCUUCAAUCUCAUUGUUUGUGGAACUGUCAUGAGAGAUCCAGAGUGGUGGCUCAUUGAGCAGAGUAAGGAGAAGGGAAUGGGCACACCGAGGAAGAGUCUGGCUAGGUCGGAGGGGGGACGGUCCUACUCGGCUAUCAGUACGGAGGAGUUUCCCGGAGUUGAGGAGCUCAGGAGACUGCUCAAGAGCGGAAAGGCACCGGAGUAUCUGCUGCAGAGCUUGAGGACCAGCACCGAAGUGCCGGCUAGCAAUCAGACGCAGGGGACCAACUUCAGGAGUGUUGUCAAUCUUCCCACUUUUGUUAAACAGAGUGAAAAGGUACCUCUGGAGGUACUGGAGUCCCUCUCGGGUAACUCAAGAUUGUACAAUGUCAUUCUCGAGAACUACCCGAGUCUUCUGCUGUGCAGAAGCCUGUCGGACAAAAAACUCGAUGAUCAGGCGACAGACGCCAACAAGACCGGCGUUACCAUGUCCAUGAGGUUACACAAUUGGAUUAAACAAGCCACUGACAAGUCGUCACCGCAGCCAGUUGUAACGAAAGACUCUCGUCCUGGCUCCACUCAUGCCUCGACGAAGGUCUUGGCGCAGAGGAGAAUGUCCAAGAAGGAUUUGGAAGUGGCUAACCCACUCUUGGCGAAGGAAUUGGCACAAGCUAUAGCAGAGGCAGAGAAACCGAAGAGCAGCUCGAAGCAUCAUCUCCCCGGUUUCGGUGGUGGCGUCGUGAGGACGGACUCACUUCCCUGGCUGAGACGACAAUUCAACACCAAUACUCAUUACUUCAAGGACAUAAGAGUUCACAGAAAUUCGUUGAUGUAUCGUGGUGCUGUGAUGAAUCUACAUAAGUAUAGAUUGAGAGCCAGUAGUUGUCCGAAUAUCUACAGAAACAGCAUGACGACUUUAGCGAAGGAAAAUGAAGAAAAGUGGUACAGCGAGCUGGUGGAACUCCUGAAAGGCAUGAUGGACUUUUCAAUGUUUUUGGAGCUGCACUUUCUACUCCUUUCCUUGUCAACGAUUCUUCUAUUCACGUGGUUCAUCGUGCCUUAUUUUUAUCUUGCUGAGCAUCUCACGAGAAAUGGGUAUUCAGAAGCGGAUGGUGCUCGAUUACUUAGUAUUAUCGGAAUUACGAAUACCGUAGGAAUGAUCGGUCUCGGCUGGGCGGGUGACCAGUCCUGGAUGAACGUCAGUAAAACCUACACAUUUUGCCUGAUAGCCUGUGGAAUUGCGACAAUCUUGAUGUCAGUAUUUACUCACCACUACACUCUGCUGAUGAUAACAACCGCCUUCUUCGGUCUCUUCUUCGCCAGUAACUUCAGCUUUACCCCGGUGAUUCUGGUAGAGCUGAUUCCCCUCGAGAGAUUUACCACUGCCUACGGCCUGAGCCUCCUCUGUCAAGGAAUCGGUAAUCUCAUCGGUCCACCCCUGGCAGGUCUCAUGUUCGAUAUCACACAGUCCUGGGAGCUGUCGUUUCUCCUGGCCGGUGGCUGGAUCAUCGUGUCUGGGCUCCUCAUGGGAAUGAUACCGUGCACGAAGAAUAGAAAAUUAUGGGGCAGUGGACCCAUGGAGAUGGAUAGGAUUGGGGAGAGGGAGUGCGAUGCUUAGGUUCCCAAUUCAAUGGGGAGUUCGCGGGAAGAUAUCCUCGCUGCAAUGUAAUUGUUGACUUGUUUUUAACGGAAGAAUUUUGACAGUUUUAGUAAAUCGUCAGGAAAUGAUUGAUUCCUGGACUUUAAUUUUGCAGGAGUAAAUAAUUAAUCUGCAACGAAAUUCUUUUAACGACGAACCACUUCACGAAAAGGGAAAGAGAGAAAUUUAUUAUGUGCAAGAUAUGUUGUUUUUAAUUAUACAGUCCUCUGACAUAUGUUCAGAAAAAUAUCAAUCAAAUGUCUAGUGAUAAAUCACCGUUGUUUUUUGAUUAUUUUUAAAAGUAUUCCUUGUUGAUUGAUGAAGUCGAUUUAGUCCUCUUCGUCUGGUGAUACCAAAGUAAUGUAAAAAUGUUUCGUUUCCUCGAUGAAACGAAUAUCGAAUGAAUCGAGGGAGGAAAUUAUUGUUAAGUUACUGCCAUUCGAAUGCCUUCAGUAUAUUAUGUUUUAUUGAAACGUUAUAAAUAGAACUUUUCUUGGGAAAGUUGUAAACUAUCGGAUCUGUAUAGAAAAUGAAUAUUCAUUAGGUAGACGUUAACAGUAAGGGUCGAUUAUCAAUGGAUUUGUAUUACUCUUAACAGUCGGCAAUAAAGAACAACCCUGAUAUUGUGAGUAA